CCUUUAUCAUUUUGUAAAUUUUACACCACGGUCAUCAGCUUUUAACUAUCGGCCUUCAGCCGUGUUUUGUACAAUCAAUUCUGUGGCAUUUAUGACGUGCCCCUACAACAUUAUCACGAUAACGAUUAUGAAAAUGUGCUCAUUUGAUCACUUUUGAGAGUUUUUCACACUGUGAAUUAAGAGAGAUUCAUUCUGCGAAAUUUCGAGUUUGAAUAGUGUUUUUUUUUUAUAUUAUGGUUUUUAAUGAUGUUUUUUUAUCCAAUGUUUUAAUUUAUUUAGUAAAAGAUUCAUUGUAGGUAGUUAUGAUUUAAAUUUGUCCAUUUUGUUUUAAAGCAGUGUGCAUACCUUUUAUUUUAAAAUGAAUUAAAAGAUUUUAAUUUGUCAAUUGGUCUUACUUAAUAAUAUGGAACAGAAAACCACUUAUAUCGAGGAUGAAAAUGACGGGGAAUUGACAACAAAUCAGAUGAAAAAAAAGGCUCAAGUUGGUUCUCAUUUGUGUACAGUAUAUAAUUCUAUAAAUAUAUUUAUGUUUUUAUCUAUUCUAAAUUAUUGAAUUUUUACAUCAAAGUUCUGUAAUUACAGCAUCACUAAUGUUAUAUAGUUUGUAAUUAUUACAAUCCUACUUACUUAGUUAAUUUAUAUAAAUACUUAGUUAUUACUUAAAGUUCAAUGUUACAAAACAACACUGAACAAUACAUAAAAAAUACUGUUUUUAAGGCUGCUGAAACUGUCCCGGUUUUUGAGUUUUUGCAAAAACAUGUUUGUUCGUCAAAUUUAUCAUAAUGUAUUCUUUGAAUUGAAAGUUGCUGUAGACUAAACAAACUCGAUACGUCUCUUAUUGUGACAGGAUACAUAAAAUAGACAGGAAUAGUGUAUUAUUUUUCAUUUAAAAUAAUAUAUUUUAUUUAUUUUGAUAAAAAAAAACAUUUAUAACAAAACAGUAUACCUAUUUUUAUAAUACUUACCUAGAAUAAAUACAACAGUAAUUCCUUGUAAUCACAGAAUUUUUAAAAAUAAAAUCAUAGAUUUGGAAGUCUUCAAAACUGAAAAUUGAAAAUUGACUUCUUAAGAAACCUAGAAAAUUUGUCAACAAAUGCAUACAUAAUUUAAACUUUUCUUGAAUACCUAUAUUAUAUUAUUAUACUAUAUUAUAAUAAUUGUUGAAUUACCUACAUAUUUACCUCGAUUGUUAAUUUUGUUAUUAAUAAUUAAUUUUAAAUUCAAAUAAGAUUAAUAUUUGAUUUAAUCUGUUCGUUAUUGAAACAAAUUUUAAACCAUAGGUAUCAUAAACACUUGCAUAAAUGUGUUAUAAAUUUACUAAUACUUAGUUUGAAUUUCAAAGUCUUAAGAAUAUUAUGAAAUAAUAAUUGGUAUAACAAAUAAAUACAUGAUAAUAUAUCUGAAGAUUUCUAAUUGGUAGUAUUAUGUACGUUUUGGAUGGGCAUGGAAUCCGAAUCAUCAGACUAUCCGGAUUUGCUUUUGUUUAUAUGACGAGAUCACUCUAUUUUCUUAAGCAACUAAUAUUAAUGAGAGGUUUAACACAAAUAUCAACUAUACAAUUGCUUGUUAUAAAACAGGUUCACUGUAUAUAUGUAAUGUACUAAUAUGAGCUAAAUGUAUAUAUUACUGUACAACAGGGAUUACAAUUUAAUAAUAACAAUAACUAACAAAAUUAGUCUGCUAAUCCAGAUAUACCCAUGAUAAAUGUAAUAAUACAUCUAGUAAUCGAUAAGUAAAUAUUAAUUGUUCCAUUCAAUGCAUUAGGUAUUUGGUAUUUAACUACUCAUUAUUUGAGUGAUAAUAAAGUAUAUGAUUUAAAUUUAAAAACAUUACUUAGUGAAUUCAUUAGUAAAAUUGUUUACUUUAAGUAUAUCAAUUGUUAUAUUUAAAGUUAAGAUUAUAAUUGAAAAAGAAAUGUUCUAGGUAUUGAUUUGUGAUGAUGUAGAAUCUAAUUGUAUAAAAUGAGUAAUGACUCAUAAUGUUUAUUAAGUCUUAAUACAAAAAUCUGAAAUUUGCUAAACCAAAUUCUGUUAUAUUUUUAAAUAAUAUAUUUUAAAUACAUAAUAUAUAGUUGCUGAAAACUAUGAUUUACAACUUACAAAAAUAAAACUCUGGUUUACUAUCUAAUAAAAAUAAAUAUUUAUGAAACUUGUGCUAUUAUCAUUUUUAUUUAUACACUUAUUUUAUUUUUAGGAAAUUGCUAAAAGAUUUGAAAAAUAUCACGGCAGAUAUCACACAUCUUCUAGUCGUUGUAACACACCUUUACCUAUUACUUCAGCAGAUAGUAUUGAGUCUAUCCACAGUAAUAGUAUUGGUGAAACUAGUGAAAAAAUUUUAUUGUUUCGACAAUAUUUAGAAAAGGACAGGUAUGAUGUACCUAUAUUAUUAUUAUUUGUAUUUUGCAUUUAAUUUUAAUUAAUUCAGUGUUAGAUAAUAUAUUAUAAGAAAGGUUCGAAAUGUUUUGUACUUAAAAUUCACAAAAAAGCAAAUAUUAGACCAAAUAGAAGAAGGUUUUAAAUUUUCCUCGUCUAACAAUUCUAAAUUAUGAAAUAUAAUUUAUUAACACAACAAAAUUUAUUGUGUUUAAAUAAAAAAAAUUGUACAUAUUAUAAAAAAUAACUUUGGGUUAGUAAUUUGUAUAGCGUUGGAAAAUUGUACUAAAUAAUUUAAAGCCGUUAGACAGGGAACAUUUAAAACCUUCUACCAUUUGGUUUAUUAAUAUUGGCUUGAAGUGAUUUUUUUUUUAUGGCUUUUUGACUUAAGUUAAAAUUGUUGUUUCAUAUGACAUAGUAUUGGAAGAUAGAUAAUGGGUGAGGGCCAUAAAUUAAUAUAUUAUUUAAGAACCCUAAAAAUCAUAAUGCAAAAUACCAUAUUAGCCUUUUGUGUUUUAUUUGAUGUAUAGAUAUAAUUUAUCGGCCACUGAAUAAAUAAAUCAUAAAUAAUUAGGUAAAUGAAAUUGGUUGUUAAUCUGUAAAAUAUAGGGUGUCCCACAGAGAUAUACCCUUUAUACUAUCUCCGAAGAUAAUAAAGAUAGCCAAAUUCUGGUAUUUUUUUAUAUUGCUCACUGGGAUUGAGACUACAGAUAUUUAUAUUGCAAUUAAUUUUUUAUGUAAAAAUUAAAAAAAAUUAAUCUAUUAUAUAUAAAUUUGAAGAUACUAUUUUAUAAAGUUUAUUUUUAAUAUUAUUAUUCUUCUGAACAUUUUGACUAUCGACUUUUUAAUUUCAUUAAAUUAAUUUUUUUUAAUAAUCUUCUAAAGUUCAGAAAAAAGAAGUGUACAUUCAAUUAAUCGUAAUAAUAAUAAUCAAUAUGGAAUGUAAUUACAGCGUGCUGCAUAUAAUUAUAGGUAAUUUUCUCUACAUUUUAAAAAAUUAUUAAAAAUCAUGAAUUUAAUGAAAAUAAAAAGUUGAUACCUGCGUCUAAAUUUUUAGAAAAGUAAAUUAUAAAAUGGCUAUGUUCAAAUUUUUUUUAAAACAUAUUUAUAGUCCUUAUUCCAGUAAUAAAUAUUAAAAAAAAAAAAAAUCAAAUUUGAUUAUCUCUAUUAUAUCCAGAGAUAUUAUAAUGGGUAUUAUAAUAGAUAUAUUCAUAGGACACUCUGUAUUUGUACCAUACUUGUAUAUGGUAGUACAGAUGAUUGGAGUUGCACAAGUAACAAAUUUUCCCGGGCAAUAACUGAAUAAUCUGAAUUUUUCAUUGAAUUAAACAAAAAUUGUGGAUGCAAUAAAAUGUAUACAAUUGAUAUACCUGGAUAGAUAAAUAUUAUAAUAUUCAAUUUUAAAAAAAAUAUCUGUAUUAAAUUAAUUUUAAUACAUAAUAGGAUGUAUAGAACUGUAAGAUAUAUUAUUAUUGUGUAUAUUAUUAGUAGGUCAUAGAAUUAAAUAAAUAUUAUGUUUUAUAUAUAAGAUGUUUCUGUGUUACAUUUGUUUCAGUUUUCUUUAUAUAAAAUGAUCAAUAAAUAUAAGAUUCAUUAUUUCCAAAAGCAUUAACUUUGUUUGUGAAACACUACUUGUUUUUAUAUUGUUCAGAGAAGAAAAUUCUUGGUCACAAAGAUAUGGUGUGGAUAGUGAUAAUAACAAUUUUUAGAAAUAGCUGAAUAUUCUGAGGGUAAACUUAACCAGGAGGAAAUAAUCUUUUAAUGACUAUUGAACAAUAUUCGGGUUGUAAAUAAAUGAACUUAUUCUUUUGGGUAUGACCCAAUUUGUAAAUGUUGUCAAUAAUGGAAAAUAGUGAUUCAUUUUUCCUUAGAGAAAGGUUAUGUUAGGUGUUCAAUUAUAAGUUUUUGUAAUUCUUUAACGUUGGAUUUUUCAUUCAUUAAUUUUGAUAAUAUUAAAAAAAAUCACCUUUAAUUAUUGAAGAUUUCCAAAGUAAAAUUUUUGUUUAAUUUGUGGAAGAAAUCCAUUUCUCCAUUAUCCAUUUUUCAAUUUAAGUACAAUGAUUCUUGAACAAAAUAUACACAUAACAAUUACACACAUACACACACACAAAAUUGUAAUAUUUUACUUAUAUAUUACUAAUAUUUUAUUUUUUUUUUUGUGGACAACUUUUCUACCAGAAAUUUUGUUCUGAUAUACAUUGAUGGUUCUUUUCCAAAAAGGAUAUCUGGUUGGGAAUGUACUUUAAAGAGGUCAUUUUUUGAUUGUCCCAAGAGUUAAAAAAAAAAAAAAUGGGUAUAUAGUGCAAUAUUAAACAAAUAUUUUUAAAUAAAAUAUAUAAUGCCUAGUUAAUUAUUUUACCAUAAUAUGACAUAAUAUAUAUUGUUGACGAAGUAUCACUAUGAACUGAACUCCACUUCAGUAAGCAAUGGUUUAUUGUUGAUUACAGAUACAAAUUGAUUUCUUUUCUUUAUCUUACCUUCCCAAUUUCUCACCAUCAACAGUAGCAGCAUGUAUCACUAUUAUCCUAGGAUAGUUUAUUGGUAUUGAAAAAGAAAAUUGCAUAAAUUUAUAUUUCAUAGUUUUAAAAGUAUCGUUUAUCUUAAGUUUUAAAUUCAAAAAAAUUUGUAAAUGACUGUCAUUGAUUCCUCACUUGGCCAUAAUACAUAAUUAUUUUAUCAUUCAUGAUCAAUAAUGAUAAUCUUAAUUAAUUUAUCUUUCAAUACUGAUACCAGUUUUAAAAAACAGAUUACCUUUUUUUAACAUUGUAUUAACUAUAAUAACUUGUUCCAUCAAAUUUACUGGAUACUGAUUAUUGGGAAAUUAAGACUUGAUCUGGGUGUGUUGAAUAAAUGACUUUACUCUUGAAUAAUGCUAUUAAUAUGAUUAAUUUUAAUUAUAAAUGAAUUUGUGGCACCAGUAUAAUUUCAAUUAUACUUAAUUGUUUUGAAAAUUGAUUUAUCAGGAUUUUUAUUUUUUUGUAUGGCAAUUAAUACAAUUAUAUAAAAUCAUAAAAUAUACUAUAUAAAAUAAUUCAAAGCAUAUAGUAAGUACAAAGAGAUUGUUCCUGUAGUAACUGAGUUUUGUUCUGUAUUAUUAGACAAUGCCCAGAGUUUGAAUUAGAUUCAGUACUUAUUUGGUAGCAUUUAUAAAUUUUGUCAUUGUUCUCCAGAAUUAUUCCUAAAGUCUUCUUGUUUAUUAUAUUUAGAAUGAAGCGUUUUAGUAGUUUAAAGCAGAUGCUAAGCAAGAUUAUUCGUUGGUAGUUUAUAGGAGGUUUGCCCAGUUUUAGAAUACCUAGAGUAAAGUUUUGAGUUGCAUUGGUAAUUUAAUAGUGUAUAAGAUGUCUGAGUAAAAUGCUUUUAGCCAUUUCUUUCCAUUGUUUCCACUAGGUUUUACAAAUUCUGGGAAGAUAUCAUUUAAGCUUUCCUGAGUUUAAUCAAUUUUAUGGCAUUGUCAGUUUUGAUGUCAUUGAAAGGGAAUGAAUAAUCGUGUUUUUCUUGGAAGUUUUUGUAUGCUUUGUCUGAUUGUCAUUUGACUUUCUUUCUAAAGAUGAGAUCUUGUGAGAUUUUUUUUUUUGUUCUAUUUUUAAUAUUAGUAGCUCAUUUUUUUGGUGUUAUUUUUGGUACUUGUAUAUCCAUUUUUAUCGCUGAUUAACUGAUUCCAGUUUCCUUGAAAGACUUCAUGCCUUCCUACUUGAAUGUUGUGGGAUUCCUAAAUGGAUAUUAAGUCUACUUCAUUCGCAUAAACUAGUUUACUAAGAUAUUCAAAUUUGUCUUUAGUGAGUCUUACAUUAAUUUGCAAAAUAUUGAUAUUGAGAUCAAUUAUUUUUGUCAUGUAGUCUUUAGAAGAUUAUUUUUAUGUGAUUGUAAUUGUUGUUGUUGUGCUUGCCACUAUCUUGGAGGUUGUUUACCCUUUGUACCCUCAAUCAGUUUAUCAGGAUCAACAAAAUAUAUAUAUUUAUCAAAGUAAUUUUAAGAAAAAUUUAAGAAUUUUUACUUCAAAUUCGUAAUAGUAUGGUAAUUUGUAUAGUUAAAAAUUACAUUUUACUCUUAAGCAUCUGAAAAUAAAUACUAUAUUCUAAAAAACUUAAUUUUAGAAACUUCUAGUUUAAAUGUUUGAAUUAUAUGUUUUCAUUCUCCUUAUCACAAUUAAUAAUAUUCUUAAUACAUGUCAUGUAUGUCAUAGCUUUAAUUUAAAAAUAAAUAAUAAUUGAAAUAUUCCAAUACAUUAUUGCGUAUCUUAUUAAUAUUAUUGUUUUUUUUUUUUUAUUGUAGAAAGUUAGUUGAAAAUAGUAAGAUAGAUGAGCAAAACUAUGAUAAAGAUGUUCAAACCUAUGGUGAAAAAGUUAAUGUACAAGAUGAAAAGGAAAUACAUGAUGCAGAUUAUUAUGUUAGUACCCUUAUUAUAUUUUAUAAUCAUUUUACUCAACAUUUUUACUUCAUUAUUUACUUACUUUAUUAAAUAAGUUUUAUGAAAAUAUUGCUAGUUUAGUUCACUACUUUCAAGCAUGAUAACUUUAAUAAACAUUAACUUGUAAAAAUGAUGAUUUUCAAUUAUACAAUUAUGUUUACCUUAAUACUACAGGCUACUUAAUUUAUUAUAAUAUUAUUUUAUUUUAUACAUUAGGAGUCUGUCAUAUCAGUACAAUUUCAAGAAGAAGCCUUACAUUCUUUAAAAAGACAAGUUGUUGAAUUGAAUGAAAAAGUUGAAAACUAUCGUGUAAGUAGUUUCUUGUUUAAAGAGUUAAUUAAUAAGUGAUUAAGUAAUAAGAAUUAAUGUUUGAAUGAAUUUAUCUUUUUUUAACAAUAGAAUGCUUUGCAUGAAAAGGAUUUAGUAUUGCAAAUGAAAAUUGAAAAAAUAGAUUCUUUAAACAAAACCAUCAUACAUAAUAAUAAUUUGCAUUUGGAAAAUGUGGAGGCCAUAAAAAAAACAAAUUUGAAAGUUAUCCAUGAAGAACGUUCACGAUGCACUCAAAAAAUUAACCAUGUUGCUGAAGAAAUAAUAGAAUUACAAAAUAGGUUCAUAGAAAAUAUAAAUUAUGCCUUAAAAUGUGUUAACAUGUUUUACACUUUUGUUUAGCUUGGACUAUGUUCAACAAAUGUGUGAUCAAUUAAAAAAAGAUAACAUUGAAUUAAGUAAAAAAAAUAAUGAUCUACGGAAUCGGGAAAUUAAUCUAAGAAUAGAUGUAGAAAACUUGAGUAUAUGCUAUGAAAAUGAAGUAAGUAAUUCAUAUUUACAAGGCUACUUUAAAACUUAAAAUAAAUUAUAGAAUUGUAUGUAAAAAAAAUUGCCACAAUGUCUGUUAAAUACUUUUCCAAAAUGCUAUACAAUCAUAUACUUUCCAUUAAGUGUUUAAUCCUAGAACACACCUUUCAUACUCUAAAAGACUGGACUUUUCUUUUAGAAUUUUGUUCAUUAUUUCAAAAAUUCCAAAUAUUGAGCUAAUUUAACAUAGAAACCUUCUAAUUAAGUGAUAAACUAAAAUUAUAUAGGACUUCCAACUGUAAAUUGCAUUACCUAUUAAAAUCUAAAGUUAGUUCCAACACAUGAUACAAUUUUCACAGAACUAGUGGGCUCAUGCACUGUAGAGUUUACUGGUCCAACAUACCAACACACCAGCAUUAGUCUAGUUUUGAUAUUGGUUUCUGACAGUCAUAUUUCAGAUGGGGACUAUUAGUCUGAGAUCCUGUUAUAAUUUAUUUAUUUUUAUUAUUAUUAUAUUUAUUAUUAUUAUUUAUUAUUAGUUCAUAUUAUCAAUUAUUUGCAUUUGAAUGUGUAAUCUAUUGCUGUUGUUUUUAUCUUCAGUGUGUAGUUAAUGCUCAUCUAAAGAUACUCAUAUUACAUCUACUACUUGUCUAAGAAAUUCCAUUUUUUUUUCUUUUCAUAAUAUUGAUUAACUUUAAUCCAUUAUCAGAUGAAGAACUAGAUGCUAGGUAUCCAUCUAAAUCAUUAAUUUCACUCAUUUUUAACUUUUUAGUACAAAACACCAUAGAUAAAUAAAGUAUAACAAACAUUUUGUUACAAAAGAUAUACAAUUCAGGUUUAUUAUCUUAUCUCUAUUCUACAAUCAUGGACAAUCUGAGAGUUAGUUUCAAUGCUUUCUCAGAAUCUAUGAUCAGUAAACCAAUCAUUGAUCAGUCCACAGCUAAUCCCAAAUUGCAUGUUGGAACAAACAUAAAUAAUAAAUUAUUUUAUUUUAAUCUUUAUCUUAUUUUCAUUGUAGUGAAAUUAUUGCUAGUUGACACUGGUUCACCAUACCAUUUGUAACUUAAAAAUAUUUGAAAACUUGAGGGUAUACAUGGUGAUCCACAAAGAUAUAGCCAAGGAAAUAUCUCUAGAGAUAAUAAAGAUAAUCAAAUUCUGUUUUUAUCUUAGUCACAGAGAUAAGGACUAUUAAUAUUUAUACUUAAUUUUUGGUAAAACUUAAAAAAAAAACUUUUUGCUUUAUUAUUUUUGACAAAUUUGAAUAUAGUCAUUUUAUAGAUUUUAUAUCUCUUUAAAUUUUGAUGUACCAUUUUUUUAUUUUCAUUAAAUUUGUGAUUUUUAAUAAAUAAAAAUUAAAUUUAUUUGAAAAGAAGUGUACAGUUAAUUAAGAGGGUGUCACAGUAAAAGUGAACAGUAUGCAAUGAUUCAACUUAUGCAAAUAGUAUGCUUAUGCCUGCUGGUUAAAAGCAGUAUAAGGUUUUUAGAAUGCUACCACUGUAGUUGUAAGUUGUAAAUUUAUCAAAUUUGUCAAAAACAUGGUUUUGUACUUCCAAAAGUACUCAAAUCUCAUUGAACGUAAAAAGAUUAUUUUGGUACCACAAUAACACGAGAACAAAAUCUGUGGUUUGUUGGGAGCAAAUUUUUAUUUAUUUUUUUUUUUCAGUUAAUUGUAUUUAUAUUUUAAAUUUUCAUAAAAAAUUAAAAAAAAAAAAGAUCAUAAAUUGGCUCCCAACAAUGCACAGUUUUUGUUCUCGUGUUUAAUUGGUACCAAAAUUAUGUUUCUAAGAUAAUCAAGGUUAGACUAUUUUUGGAAUUACCAAACCAUGUUUUACAAUACAUUAGUUUCUACUGUGACAUCCUCUUAAUAAUAAUAACAAUAAUCAGUUAGAGAAUGCUAUUACAGCCUGCCAUGGUUAUAAUUACUUUUCUACGAACUUUUUAAAAUUAAUGAAUAUAAAAAGUUGAAUUGUUUAAAUGUUCUGAAAAAUAAACUUUAUAAGAUGGCUAUUUUCAAAAAUAAUAAAAUAAAGUUAUUUUUUGGUUUUUUACCAAAACAUAAAAAUUAAUUGAAAUAUUAAUAUUUGUAGUCCUUAUUGCUGUGAGUAAAGUUAUUCUGAUUAUCUUUAUUAUCUUUUCAUUUUUUAGUAAGACACUCUGUAUUAUGUCGUAUAAUACAAUACAAUUAAUACAAAUAAUUUAAUAAUAAUAACAUUUCUACAAAAAUUGAAUUUGUUAAUAUCAUCAAUAAAAGUAUUUGACAAUUUUUGUUAUUUAUUUUGAGAAAAUUUAGUAUUCAAUAUUAAUUGAAAUAUAAGUACAUAAAAUAAUACAUGAACAAAAUGUGUGUGUGGAUUCUCCUAAAUAUUUUUAAUGUGUGUACUUUAGGGUUAAUAAUAAACAAUUAUUACGCAAUUAUUUCUAAUUUUGUAUUUAAUUAAGAGUUGCAAGAUGAAAUUACAUUACAAAUUAAGAAAAUUAAAAUAUUACCACUUUAAACUUUGCUAUCAUUAAAAGUUGGAGCAAAAUUGCUGAUAGAAAAAUUGUGCACAAAUUUUAAAAAAUUAAAUUUUCACUCAAAAUCUAAAAUAAGGUUGUCAUUGGCAACUGUUUUUAUUUAACUUUUGUUAUUAUUAUUAUUAUUAUUAUUAUUAUAAGUUUUAUUAUUUUUAAUUUUUUUUAAAUAAUCAUUGUUGUAAUCAUUUUACCGUAAUAUGACAUAUAUAUUGUUGACAAAUUACCACUAUCAAAUUAAUUAGCAAUGGUUUAUCAUUGCUUACAGAUGUACAAUAAGUUCCUGUCUGUAUCCUACCUUCCCAACUUCCUACCUAUAACAGUAGUUAUACCCAUGUGUAAAGUAUGUUCGUCCUUUUUAAUUUGUAUAAUUUAUACAAAUUUGACAAGUAUAUUUUAUUAAUUAUAUUAUAGAAAAAUAUAUGUAUGGUAAAUAAAAAUAAAUUUAUUAUUUUAAUAAUCAUUAUAUUAAGUAUUAAAAUAUAAAUAUAAUUUUUAUUUAUUGAUAUAUAGAAAAAGUUGGAAAAACUUCUGAAACAUAACCAUGAAUCUUCAAAAGAAAUUGUUGAAAGUGAGUUUUUUUUUUUUAGUACUAUUGAAAUUAUUUAUAAGUAUCUGUUUUAUACCUUUAAGAUAUGGAAAAAGAACUGCUGCAUUUAAAACUAGAAAAUGAGUCAUUAGUUGAACGUAUUGAUUUUCUAGAGAAUAAUUCUAUGGAUAAUCAAGAAAAAUAUUUGGAAACUCAACUUAACAGUAAAUAAUUAAUUUUAUUUAUAUUUUGUGAUUAUAAAAAAAACCAUCAUAAUGUCAAAUAAUUAAACACAUUAAGGAUACCUUUGUCUUGAAGAUUCUUUUUUGAAUACUCCAAAAUAGUGUAAUAGUAUAGUUCAGUACAUUUUCAAUUUCACCAACAAAUUUCAUAUUAAUUACAGUAAACUGGAUACUGAGUUACCAAAUUUAUGUCCUCUAUUAAUUUGUAUUUACAUAUAAAAAUACACUUAAAUUUAAUCUAAAAAAAUCUUUAAGCUCUGUUUGUUUAUGAUUAUACCAGCUCUGUACAAUUUUAUUAAAAGAUUAUGAGUAUACUAAAUGUCACAAUAUAAAAAUGAUUAUAUCUUGCUUAAAAACAAAAAUAUUGAAAAACAUCAAUGCUAGGACUGAUCUUCUCACCUUUAAGUUUAGUAAUUACUUAAUUUGUUUUAAUAUUAAAACGUGCCCUAUAUCUGCACAUUUGCUAAGUCUCCCAUUUGUAAGAUUGCUGAAUUUUCUAAAAUUUUCUAUCUCUAUUGACAAAAUGAAAUGAUCUACAUCCUGUUGGUUGUAUGACAAUAUUAUAAAAUUUAAAUUUUUUUACAACAAAGACAAUAUUCCUAUAAAAUUCCAAGGCCUUGACAUAUUCUAUGUAUAUCAUUCUAUGUGUAUAAUUUAUAGUAUUGUUAAUAUUUUUUUUCUUAUAGUUAAAGACAAUGAAAUUCACCAAUUAAAUCUUAAAUAUGAAAACUUAAAUAAACAAUUUGAACUUAACCAUGAAUCCUCAAAACAAAUUAUUGAAAGUAAGUUUUUCUUGUUGUAUUAUUUAAAAUGUUUAUAAAUAUUUGUGUUAUACAUUUUAGAUAUGGAAAAAGAACUUCUGAAAUUCAAACAAGCAAAUGAGUCAUUAGUUGAACGUAUUGCUUCUCUAGAAAACUGUUCUAUAGAUAAUCAAGAAAAAGAUAAUUUACAAAUUAAUCUUAACAGUAAGUAUUGAAAUGAAUAAUUGGUCUGUAUUAUUAUAAAUUAAAAUAAAUACCUAAACAAAUUUCACUUAAUUUGCAUUCAUUAAAUAUGAUGUAUAUAUAUAUAUAUAUAUUAAAUACAAAUAUUUGUAUAACAGAUUAUAGUAUGCCAUUUAUAUAUUAUUCAAAUUAUUGUUUAUAGUGAAAGAUGCUGAAAUUCAGCGUUUAAAUCUUGAAUAUGAAAACUUGAAUAAACAAUUUGAACUUAACCAUGAAUCCUCAAGACAAAUUAUUGAAAGUAAGUUUUUCUUGUUGUAUUAUUUAAAAUAUUUAUGAAUAUUUGUUUUAUACAUUUUAGAUAUGGAAAAAGAACUUCUGAAAUUCAAACAAGCAAAUGAGUCAUUAGUUGAACGUAUUGCUUCUCUAGAAAAUUGUUCUAUAGAUAAUCAAAAAAAAGAUAAUUUACAAAUUAAUCUUAACAGUAAGUGUUGAAAUGAAUAAUUGGUCUGUAUUAGUAUAAACUAAAACAAAUUUCACUUAAUUUGCAUUCAUUAAAUAUGAUGUGUAAUAUAUAUAAUCAAUACACAUAUUUGUAUAACAGAUUAUAGUAUGCCAUUUUUAUAUUAUUCAAAUUAUUGUUUAUAGUGAAAGAUGUUGAAAUUCAGCGUUUAAAUCUUGAAUAUGAAAACUUAAACAAACAAUUUGAAUUUAACCAUGAAUCCUCAAAAAAAAUUAUUGAAAGUAAGUUUUUCUUGUUGUAUUAUUUAAAAUAUUUAUGAAUAUUUAUUUUAUAAAUUUUAGAUAUGGAAAAUGAACUUCUGAAAUUCAAACAAGCAAAUGAGUCAUUAGUUGAACGUAUUGCUUCUCUAGAAAACUGUUCUAUAGAUAAUCAAGAAAAAGAUAAUUUACAAAUUAAUCUUAACAGUAAGUAUUGAAAUGAAUAAUUGGUCUGUAUUAUUAUAAACUAAAACAAAUACCUAAACAAAUUUCACUUAAUUUUGCAUACAUUACAUAAUACAGUGGAACAUUGAUAACUCGAAAUAAAUACUAUUUUUUUGCAAAACAGUAUUCAAUUACUGAAAAGAAAAACUCUAGAUUACUUGAACAUUCUGUUCAACAAAAUAACAUGUGAAUGGGUUGUGGAUGCCCUUGUGUUCAGUAAUAUGGCAAAAAAUAUUAUGUUAUUACAAAAUCAAAUUUAUUUAAAGAUUUAUAAACUGCAGAGAUUUGAUAUAAAUUGGAUGAUUUUAUUGAAAUUUAUCAAAUUUCAAUAAAUUUGUGAUAGUGUAGGGGUAUUUUGGGUUGAUGUGGGUGAGUGAAAAAUUAAAUCAAUGAUUCUAAGGUAAAAAUACUUUAGUAUUACAAUUUGAAAAUAAUUAUAAGUACAUAUAUAGUAUAUAAUAAUCAAAAAAUAUAAUAUGUACAUACGUUUUAAAAACUUAAAGUUUAAUUUUUUUCUGAAAACCUUAGUAAGUCAGAUACUUCAAUAAGUUGAAAAAUUGUAUUUCCCUUGAAUUUUGACUUAUCAAUGUUCUACUGUAUUAUAUAUAACAAAUAUACAUUUUCAUAUAACAGAUCAUAUUCAAUUUUUUUAAUUUUUUAAUUUUUUUUUUUUUUCAGUGAAAAAUGCAGAAAUUCAGCGCUUGAAUGUUGAAUAUAACAAAUUAAAUAAACAAUUUGAAAAUCAAACACUAGAAACUCAACAAACAGAAAGUCGUUGGAUUCAGUUGAAAAAUGCAUAUUUAAAUGAUAAAGAUCGUAUGUCAGCUUUGGAAAAAGUGAUUGAUGAAUUAAAAAUAAACAAUGAUGAUUUGAAUACUACCAAUUUAAAAUUUACCAAUCAAAUAAAAUCAUUGAAAGGAAAAUUAACAAUGUUAAAUACUGAAAACAGUACACAUAAGGAAAGAAUUGCUUAUUUAAUUAAUGUUAUAGAACUUGAGACUAAAAAGUAUCAAGAAGCCUUAAAAAAAGCUUCACUUGAGUAUGAAAUAAAUAAAAAUGAGUUAAUUCAACAACAUGAUAAUGAUAAAAUUUUACUUUUAUCUUGUAGUAAUAAACUUGAAGAAAACACUUUAAAGCUGAAUGAGGUAAAUAAUCAAUUAGAAACAGUAUUAAAAGAAAAUAAUUCAUAUAAAUAUGAAUGUUUAGAAUUGAAUAAUUGUCUUAGUAAAAAUGAUGCACAAAUAUUUGAAUUGAAUAAUGUUAUUAGUGAAUUGCAUAAGCAAACUUUCCAAAUGACUGGAGAGUUAGAUUUACUUAAAAAAGAAAAUAUUACUCUUUCUGAAAAAUUAAAUGGAUCUAGUUUUGAGAAUGAAGACCAUAAAUUGUUAUCAGAGCGGUUCCAAAAACAAAACAAAUUAUUAAAAGUAAAAAUCAAAACUUUAAAAGAGUCUGAAAACAAUCGGUUGCUUUUACAACAGCAAGUUGUGUCCUUAACUAAUGACAUACAAGCUUCAAAUCAAAAAUCAGAAUUCCUUGCAGAAACCAAUAAACAAAUUACCACUGUUUUACAAAAUUCUGAAAUGGAGCUUCAAAACUGCUAUCAGCUAUUAAAUACAAUUGAAACAAAAUUAAAUUUACAAAAUCAGAAUAUAUAUACACUUCGUUGUAUUUUGAUAAAUCUUGCAACAUUAUUUUCAUUUGAUGAUUGUAUUGAAUCUGAUGGUAAUUUGCUUAAAAUGGUUGAUUCAAUUUGUAAUACUGUUCCUGAGGAUAUUGAAUUACAGAUUUGUAUAAAGAAACUGAUUCUAGGUUCCAUUUAUAUAUUCGAAUACAUUAUAAAGUUAAAUAAUUUACACAAACAUUCUAAAGUAGAAUUAAUUGCUCCCGCUAAAGUUGAAAAAUUAGUAGUAGAAGUUGUUGAUAAAGUUAAAUUAUCAACACAAAAUGAAUAUCAUAAUCAGAAUAAUGAAUUGGUCAAUUUAACUGAAUAUUUAGAACAUGAUGCUUUAAAAUCAAAUAUAUCUUCUGGAAUUCUUGAAAUGAAAGAAGUUUCGACAGAUUUAAAUGGUCCUAUGGUAAAAAAUAUUAAAAAUGAAAAUAAUGAAUUGAAACAAUUUUUAAAAAAUAUCAAAGAAAAGUUAGGUUUAAUUAAUACUGAUGAAAUGAACGAUGUGCAGUUACAAAAUUCUUUAAGUGAACUUGAAUUCAUCAUACAAGAAAUAAAGAAUGAAAAUUUACAACUGAAAAAUCAAUAUCUUGAACUUCAAAAAUCAGUUUCAAUACAAGCUUUAGAACAACCAAAUAUACAGAAAAUAGAUAAAUAUUCAAACUUGAACACUCAGAAUGUAUUUUAUCAGAGUAUUGAACAUUUAGAAGAAAAUGUUGAUGAAGAAAACCCAUCUUUACUUUCAGACAAUCAACUAAGUAAUUCAAAUAAGUCCAAAUCUACAGUAGAAUCUGUUGCUAUGAAUGGAGAUUCAAAAGUUUUACUUGCACGUUAUAAGAAUUUAAAAUCUCGAUUUAAAGAAGUUCGUGUUAAAACAGUAGAGUUAGAAAAAAAAGUUACCAGCUUAACAUGCGAUUUAGAGUGUGCAAAUUCAAAGUAUAAACAAUUAAAUGAUCAAUAUGCAGAUGUUAAUGAAACUCAUGAAGCCGAUAUAGUCCAAUGUCAGUCAGAAAUUGAAAACCUCAUGAGUGAAAAAUUAGAAGCUUAUCGAAAACUGGAAACAUUAAAGGAAAAACAUGAAAUAUUACAAAAUGAUUAUGAUCAACUUAAAAGUAAUUUAGAUGACAACAUGGUUAGUGAUACAGAAACUAAAUCUCCUCACAUCAAUGAACAAUAUAUGAUUUUAAAACAGCAAUUAAAUGACACACAACAUUUAAUUGAUACAGCUUAUUCAAGAGUAUUAUGUGAGUGGCCACCAAUAGAUGCAAAUUCAGACUGGGUUAUUAAUCAAUCUAGAAAAUUAGAUGAAAUAGUUUAUGCCAAGAUCGAUUCUAAAUCAAAUUCAUCUAAUAAUUAUGAUAAAUAUUUUUAUGGUUUUGACUUAUCAGGGCCAGAAGCUAAUCAAUUGAAAUCAUGUCUUACAGUUAUUCAUACGUUAACUAUGUCUAUUAUAACUGGUGACCGUGUGAUUGACAAUUCUACUUCUGAUGUUAUAAUUACUUUAAUGUCUGCUUUAAAAACAUAUACAGAAUUAUUUAUAGACAUCAUAUUCCUUAAAAAUAUCAGUCAGUCUAAUUUGGUGGAUGAACUUUUUAAAUUAUCAAAAGAUUUAAAAUUAUUUGAUGUUGAAAAAACCGAUAAAAGUAAUAAAUCCUUUUCAAAAGAACCUUCAAGUUCUGAAGAAUCAGUUAAACCAUUAAAUAUAAUUGAAGAAAAACCUUUAGAGAAAGAAGAUAUCUUUCAGUUUCAGCAGGCUAUUGCUGAGCGUGAUCAACUGAUUAAGUUUCUCUCUGAUAAAAUAUCAAAAUCGGAAUAUUUAAACACUAAAAGAAAUAUUGAUGAUAUUAGAUUAGUUCGAGAUAAACUUGAUAAAGCCUUGACAGCUGUACACGAAAGAGAUGUUCGAUGCAAUGAAUUAACCCUAGAACUCACACGGGUAUAAUACUAUAAUUAUUAAUAUUAAAAUAAUAUAGUAAAAACAAAAUUAUUAAAUGAUUAAUAAUUGUAAAUAAAUAAAUGAAUGGUCGCCUGGAGUAUUAUGGUAUAUUAUAUUUUGUACGGCUGGUUUUGAAUUCAAAAUUCAAAACCAGCCAUUCAAUAAUACUCCAAUUGACACAUUCAUUUAUUUAUUUAUAUAUAUAAUUAUUAAUUAGUUGUAUUCUCAUGUAUCAAUAUAUAUAUACAUAAUUAAAAAUUAUAUAUUUUCAGUUAUUAGAAGAACGUGAUAUGUUACAAUUGAAACUAUCAAAUUCUAUUAGACAGAUUCAAUUAUUAUCUGAUGAUAAGUCAAAUGUUUCGGAAGAAAAAUAUGGUUCAAAAAACAUAGAUGACAAGUAACAUUUUUUAAUUAAAUAUAAAAAUAUAAAUGAAGCAUUUUAAAAUAUUAUAACUAUGUAUUUUAAAAUCAUUAAAGCUACUUUUAUAUUCUAUUUUGUUACUUUGAUUUUGUAUUAGGUUUUAAAAUUGUAUAACAGAUAUAAACUGUAUUCAAUCAAUUCUUAUUAUAAACUGAGAUCUUCAAUUACUCAUUAAUAGUAACAUGUAUUAUUAAAAUGAUUCAGGCAUGAUAAAUUAUUUUUCAAUUUUAAAAAUUUGUAUGUAUUCUAUACACUGGUAUAAAAUAAGGUUUACUAUCACUUAUUUGUGAUUGAUUGAUAAUUGACUGAAGUUAAACAUUUAUUAAUGUUAUAAUUUUUUUCUUUUUACGCAGUAUAUUUAAUUAAUUUGUAUUCUGAUGUUUUCUUGCUGACAGGUUAACUUCAGUGUUGGGCGUAAUCAAUUUAUUUAUUAAAUUAUAUUAGUUAUUAAUUGUUUAAUCAUUUUUAAAAUUUGCCAAAUUGAUCACAUAACUACAAAUAUAUUAUAUAUUAUACAAUUGUACAAUGUAUAAUGUACAACCUCUGAUCCUUUUAAGUGGAUACAUUAUCAAUCAUUAUCUCGGAAAGUUUUAACUUUUUCCAAAAAAUUUAAGAAACAAGCUGCUCUACAAUUUUAUAUAUAUGUUAUUUUUGGGGAUAAAACAACUACCUAAUUUUGAUUUUCAAAUGACAACUAUAUUAAAAAGUUCAUAAAUAGAUUGAGUAUUAGUUAAUAUAAAUUUGAGUGUUGAUAUUUUUUAAUUCUGGAUUAUAUUUAUGCAUUACUUUAUUAAUAAUAAUUUAUGUAUUAUUUUAGCAUUACCCCAUAAUUGAAUAACAUAUGUCCAAAUUAGGUUAAUGAGGGAUUAAUAUAUUAGUAGUUUGGUGUUAAUGUGAGUAUGUUUAUUAUUACAUAUAUAAGUUCAAGAGUUUAAACUGCUUAAGUGCUGAGCCCAGGUAAUCUUGAGUUAAUCUAAGAUAUUUAACUGAUGGUGAGAUAAUGAUUUGAGUAUUGUAGAUAGUUACAGCAGGGAAGAAGUCUAAGGGUAAAUAGUAGUGUGUAUAUACUUAAAAUGAUUGACUUGAAGCAAUGAAACAGUCAGGAUGAGUGGAGAUAAUAGCUUUGUCAUCAGCAUAGUCAGCGACCAUUGUGAACCAUCGGUAGGGUGGUCAAAUACAUAAAUGUUGCUAAUAUGUUGUCUAGCCCUAUCAUAGUUUGAGAACCACUGCUUUAAAGAAUACAAUAUGUAAUGAUGAAUAAUAUUUUAAGAAAAUGUAAUAUCUGUAUAAAAUGUAGGUACAUUUAAAAUAAAAGGAAGUAUUUUAUUUUAUCAAACAGUUAAUAAUUAUACUUCAUAUGAUAUUGAAGAAUAUAGAAUAUCCAUUUUAUUAUUUAUAUAAAACAAAAUAAUACUUAUCUGUGACUUUAGACUUGAAGAAUUGCAUAGUUUAGAAUAUAUACGGGAUGCUGGUUUAUUUACUGAUCAAGAACAGAGACACAUGUCACAAAUGGAACUGCACCAAAGUCAUCAAGCUAGCUCUAUAACUCCUCUAGGAGCUAAUUCAUCUGAUGUUACUGGUAAAAAAAAUAAAUAAAUUAAUAAGAUUUAAGAUAAUUGUUUUAUGCAUACAUAUAAAAAAUGUAUAAUAUAUAUAAAACAUACUGUAUUAAGAUUGUUAUCAAACAUGUUCACUUUAUUAUAUAGGGUUUUCCAAAUUUCAUGUUUUCAGUCACAUUGAAAUAUUAUUAUUAUUUUUUUUUUUUUUAAUGACAUGGAAAAAUUUGUUAGUUUCAUAUAUUCUAUUGUUUUGCCUUUAUUUUUAAUUUUGAAAUUAUUACCCACUUUUAAUUUUAAAAUAACAAUUUAUAUUAAAAAUUCUAUAAAUAAAUAAAAUUUCAGUUUAAAUGUUUAAUUUUUGAUAUAUGUUGUUAUUUAUAAAUCAAAAAUGUGUAGUGAUUAUUCUUCUCCAAGAAUAAGUGUGAAAAAAUAAGGAUAAUGUAUCAGUUUAGAAUACAUGAUUCCAAACAUAAUUUUUUGAAAAAAAAAAUAUUUUAUGUAAAAUUAAAACUAUAACAUGCAAUUUGGAAAACUAUAUAUUUUGAAACUACAUGAACUAUUCAUUAAAAAUAAUAAUUUUAUUAUUAUUAUUAUUAUUAUACAGUGUGAUCAAGAUAAGUGGAAACACUCAAUAACUAUGUGCAGGCUUCAAAUAUUUCAAUUCUGCUUUUUCAACUAACUAAAUUAUUUUAAGUUGAAAAAUAGCUGAGUCAUAGCAAUUUGAAUAUUUUAUGUUAUUUUCAUGGAUAUGACUGGUAAAACAGAUUAUAAAAGAAUUUGCUCUAAUGUACGCUAGUAUUAACACCUCAAUAUCUUCUCCAGUAGCAUUUCCUUGUCUUGGUUGUUAGUUAUUGACUCCUUUGGAAAAAGAACUGGUGUUUCUUAAAUUUGUUUCCAUUUUCUAAAAAAAAUUAUGCGAAAGAUGUUAAUUAUCUAAAUUUAUAAAUUAAAAAGGGCAUUCAUUGAAUGAUAAAUUAAGCAGAGAAAAUUAAAUUCAUUGUGAAAUCAUAAUUACUCGGAUAACAAAGGUUUCUUUGGCAUUCCCAAUAUGUAAAAAGCAUGUUAACUUUUUCUGAAUUAUUAUCCAUAAUACCUAGUAAAUUAGUAUUAAAUCUGGUUUAAAAACUGCAAAAACUUACUUAAAUUAAAUUAUAACUGGUAAUAUUUAUAAAUUAAAUACAAAAACUGAGUUAAUAAAAAUUAAGACAAUAGGUAAAACAGGUAUUUCAUAAAUUGGAUAAAUUUACUAGGUACAUAUUUUAUAAUCUGUUUUACCAGUUAUGCCCAUGCAAAUAACAUAAAAUAUUAAAAUUGCUAUAACUCAGCCAUUUUUAACUUAGAAAAGAAUUUCAAAAACUAAAAUUAAUUUUUAAAAAAAAAAACAAUAAUAAUUUGUGCUCAAAAAUAUAUUAUACCAUUUUAAAAAAAAGUUAUUGCACCCUUGCCCAAAAUUAAUUGUUACAAAAAUAGUAUAAUUAUUUGAAAAGUUAUAUAAUUAUGUUUAUUAGUUAUCUGAAAAAGUAAAAUUGAAAUAUAUGAAGCCUGAACAUAGUUAUUGAGUGUUUCUACUUAUCGUGAUCACAUUGUAUGUAUAUAUUAUUUAUCAAUGAAUAUUGAAUUAAUUUGGUCAACAAUUUAAUUAUUUUCAUAAACUCUAAACAAACAAAAGUUGUGUUUAGAUUAAUACUCAAUAAAAUAUAAAAAAAGUAAACAAUGAGUAUAUAAAUAACAUAUAUAUUGACUUUAUUUGUUUAAUUUUAUAUAAUUUAUAAAUGAUAUUGAAAAUUAAUCUAAUAAAACUUUUGGUUUUUUAUAUUUACUAUAUAUGUCAUUUAUUUACAAUGACAAUUUCCUUUAUUUUUUUGCAUUACUUGAACAAUUUUUAAAUUUUAGAAACUUAUUUACAGUUUUGUCACUUGUUCUCUGUUUCAAUUAAUAAUAGUUACAACUUAAUUAAUAAAUUAAUUAGAGUUUACAUGCCAAAAAAAAAUGUAUUAAAACAAAUUGGUUAACUUUUUGAAUAUUGUAAUAAUUUUAUGAUAUGUGUAUUCAUCAUUUUGUAAAUUUUGUUUUUUUUUAGAGAAAGCAAACACCUCACAGUCUUGGUUUAAAGAUGUAUUAUGGUAAAGAUACCUAUCUAAUACUAUUAAAUGUUUUAUAAAUUUUAAUCACUUUAAUUAUUUAGCAAUAAAAUUCAUUGUUAUUUUGUUUUACAUUAAAAAUAAACAUUAAUUUAUCUUAUUGUAUAAUUUUGAUUUUUAUUUAUCGUGUAAAAAAUUAUGUUUUGACACUGCAUAGUGUUUUAUCAAAAAACAGUCUCCAACACCAUACUUUUCUGUGAUAUCUACCUAUUAUAUAGAUAUUUUUGUGCAUAAUGAC